GUUUUCCGAAGACCUUGCUGGAGGGGGAAGCAAAAGGCAAUUACGUGCCACAUGCCCAAGUUCCUUGCAAUGUGAACAUGUAGGAGGUACCCAUGGGUAUGAGACCUGGACUUCCACAACUUCACCACUUUGACGCAUGAACUCAACUACCUUAGGCAAUGUCUUUGUAAGGUUUACAGCAACCUUUACAUGAGAGAGGGUUAAGCUCACCAGAUUCUUCGUAAAGUCAUCCGUUUCUUUAGGGUCACCAACCAAUCCAGCAACUAGGCUUAACCCUUCCUGAUGCCGGAGAUCAAGGGGAACUCCAGUUAGAUGAGCCCAAAUUUGGAUUGUUUGUGGAGGGGGAGAGGUAGCAGAUGCUGAUGAGGACCAUUGAACCGCAUGAAACAUGGAUUCACCUACGUACCAUACUCCCUUUUCAAUGAUCUUCUGCUUCAGGGAGGAGGUCUACCAUUAAAGUAGCAUAUGAUGAAGUCUUUGUGAAUUUCGGCACCUUUCUGAAACACACUAUCUGGAAUGAGGACACGGGGAAUGCCUUUAUCCGUAAGGGUCACAGGAGCAAGCCUUCUCAAGGUUUUAUCCUCCUGUCAUCUGAUUUUUUCAACCAAAGGAACGCUUGAAGGAGCAGGAGUAGGUACAGUAUCAGUUCCUGUUUGCUUUGGUCCCGAAAUUGGAGAAGGGAUAUGGCCGUUAACAGGGUUUGGGUGAGGAUUUAGAGAAGGGAUUUUUUAAGUAGGAUUUGGCAUAGAUGCGGGAGUAGGGUUGUGAACAGAGCCAAGAGUAUGGUUUUGAAGAGAGCCAGGAAUUGGGAUUUUUGAAGUUGGAGGAAAGGGGUUUUGUGUUAAUGGAGGUGCAUGAUUUUUGUUAGGAAUGGUAACAGAGCCGGCACUGGAAGCUCUAUUGGUAUGGAUUGGAGAAGAAUGUUUAGGAGGAAGUAUUUUAAAAUUUUCAAAGGUUUUUGGAACAGUGUUUUCAAAUCUGGAAAAAAUAGAACUGGAGGAAACAGUAGAUUCCGAAACUGGGCCAGCAGAGGCAGUACCAGUAGCAGUUAAGGGAGCGGAGGGUUUCACAGCAGGCCUUAAAGAUCUGGCAGUUUGCGGUGAAUUCCGAGAAGAUUUGGGAGAAGGAGAAGAGCUGAGGGGAGGGAAACGAGUAAGGGACAGGGAGUUAUUAGGGUCAGGCGGGUCAGGGGGGAUGGGGGGGUUAGGGAGGGGGCUUUCACCAGAGGAGAAACGCAGAGGAGACAGGGCGGAAGCAUUGUUGUGAGGGAACCAGGGGUUCGCCAUUACUGUUACGGAGCUCACUGGUCAAAAGUUAUUAUCACCCGUGCCAGUGGAGUUAUUCUUGGGUUCACCCCCUAGGGUGAACCUCUAAAUUCACCAUCCAAUAGGAUUGCAUCAUUUCAUAUUUGAUAUCUUUUAAAAAAGGAAACAAAAUCUUGUUAAGUUAUAUUAUGUUUUUAAAAAUACAAAUACAAAAAUAAAUAAAUAAAAUAAUAAUUAAUAAAAAC